AGGCUGACACUGUGGGUUGAUAAUGGGCCUGAUAGAGCAGGUAUUGUUGGAACUGUUGACAAAUGUAGUCAGGGAAGUUUAGUGUAUUUACACUCCAUGGAAUUCCGUAAACAUCUCAGGCAAACAAGACAUCGAACCAGGAGGAUUCAUGCUUACAUUGAUGGCUUAUUAAGGAGCAGAGCCAAACUGCUACAGUUAGUAUGCACAGUCUGUUGGAUUCUCCGUGGAGUACAGUGUAUAUACAGUGUAUCAAUGAACCGUGUUCUGGACCCCACAUAUCAUCAGUUGUCACGGUCGUGUACCAAGCUUCAAGUGGAUCAGCGAUUAAUUUUUAAUAGGCUGUCAAGGGAAAAAGGGAGCAACCUCUUGUCUCUGGUGAAACUAAUAGCACUCAGCCCUCUAGAUGAUCUCUUGAUCCUUGUAGCAAACAUCUGCGCCGCUUGUGGCAAAGGUUAGAAUAUUUACUGCACUGGAAGUUCUGUGCUAGAUUUAGACAGGAGGCCUACAACGGUGUACAUGCAUGCCCCUGCACACAAGACGCUGGACACCGUAAGGCAUACUGAACACACAGUAGAGUCCAGGGUUUAUGUUGUACAAUGUACAUGUGUACAUUUUACUUUGGAUGGACUGUCAGCAUCAGCACAGAGCAGUUGGCCUGCAGGCAGUGUGUAAGCCUGUGAGGACCAUCGAUACCGGUAGCAGGACCUGUAUGCAUCACAUGGUGGAAUACCGUACAUGUACAUGUACAUUCAUGCGUUGUUUAUGUAGUCCCCUCAACUACUGAUGGAUCCUUCAGUCAAAAACAACAAGCGGCCAUCUCGCUUUCCUCCUGUGAUUUCUGUGGCAUUUGUGUCUCAGUCCUCCCUACAGGUGAAAGAUCCGGUGCCAACAGAGACGACCACCAGCUCAGCUACGCCGGCGCCACCGACUUCCAAUAAGGAAGGCCAGUCAGUUCUUCCAGCAGCCCCAGGUCACGUACCCAGCCCCGCAGGGGCAAGUACUGGCCAUGCUCAUAGUUCUGAUUUCCGAUUUGGACGGGACCAACAAAAUAAUCCCUACCGUUUGUUGACGGAGUACGCUGGUGCCCCUGCCCCCGGGAGGCGUCACAGCCAACCACUGGGCAAGGAUGGGGAGGGACAUGAAAGGCAUUCCUCAGCGAGUUACGCAGGUGUUCCGGAGCAUCGUAAUGCACCUAGACACCGCCAGGUCCACCACCCCGCCACGGCCUACGCGACCCAGCUGACCGACCUCAGCCACCUCGAGGGAACUUCCCACCACUCCAAAGCACAGAAAGAGGACCCCUACAACCCCUACGUGCAGCAGACUCCCCGGCUGGUGCACAGCGCCGGGGCUGUCAACACUAGGCAACAGAAGGGAACCAUGCAUAUUCCAGGGGACAAGGUUAUGAUCGCUGAGAGUCCAAAUGUCCCUGGGGUACCGGUCAUAUUCAGAUCCCAGGAGGAGAGAUCAGCCAACCCAGACAGACUGAAUUUGGACAGGAGGCGGUUGACGAUGUGCCCAAUCCUUGAAGGGGAGGAACACCUGAGGUUGCUCAACUUUCAGCACAACAACAUCCGCAAGAUAGAGCACCUGACCAGCAUGAGGAGGCUGAUAUUCCUGGACCUGUAUGAUAACCAGCUGGAGGAGAUAACGGGUUUAGGUGCACUCAAAUCGCUCAGGGUGCUGAUGCUGGGUAAAAACAGAAUCAAGAAGAUUGAGAACCUGAACGCACUGACCAAGCUGGAUGUCCUGGAUCUCCAUGGCAACCAGAUUGAGCGGGUGGAGAAUCUGAGCCACCUGGAGGAGCUGCGGGUGCUGAACCUGGCCGGCAACAGCAUCACGCACGUGGGCAACCUGGCAGGAAUGGAGGCUCUGACGGAGCUGAACCUGAGGCGCAACAAGAUCAUCACAGUGUCAGAUGUAGACAAUCUGCCCAGUCUACAGAGGUUAUUUCUCAGCUUCAACUGUAUCACAAGUUACGAAGACAUCUCCUGCAUUGCCAACGCGCAGUCCCUGUCCGAGAUCUCCCUGGAUGGCAACCCUCUGGCCCAAGACAUCAACUACAAGUCCAUAAUUCUCAGGAAUGUUCACCAAAUUCGACAGCUUGAUAUGAAAAGAGUGACGGAGGAGGAGAGACGAAUUUCUAGCACAGUAGCCAAGCGGGAAGAAGAGAAGAAACGAGAGACACACAAGCUGGUGGCUCUCAAGGAGAAGCGGAGAAUAGCAAUCAACAAUGCAGCGCGGCAGUGGGAAGCCUCCAAGAGCACUGCCAUGGCCAAGACUAUACGCUUACAGCCUGGCCCAUACAGUAUGGGUAGGGAAGAGGGGAGUCUGACACCAGACAAUGUGCAUAGCAGACCAGGCUCUGGUGACAUGGACACAGACCGGAGCCAGUCUGUGGACCUGCUGGACGAUAAGAGUCGGGAGUCCUCGCGUGCAUCGUUGCAUUCAGAGUCGAGGAAGUCCAGCAAGGCACCCACCCCAGACCUACUUGCAAACAUUUCAGCCGAGGCCUGUCACCUGGCCGAGCUGGACGGAGACACGCUCAACCUGUACGGCCCGGGCUCCAUGGAAGCCCUGGACAAGAGCUGGGGGGUACAGGCAGCGGGUUCAGUCAUGGCCGUCUCCUUCAAGUUCAUCGAUUUCGACAAGAUCGCCAAGCACCUGCACAAGAUUCGGAUCAGAUUCCCCAAUGUGGCCACUGUCCUAUUUGGUGAGUGCAACCUGAGCAGCCUGCAGCAGCUGAACGCACUGACCUCACUGCGCCGUCUGGACAGCAUCAGCAUUGCCAGCGAGGGUAACCCAGUCACCACGUUCUCCCUGUGGAGGCCCUACCUGCUCUUCAGACUCUCCCAUCUCGGCAUCAAGAAGAUCAACAAUGAAGAGGUGUACCCCUCAGAUCACAAGCACGCAGAGGACCUCUUCUCCCCCAUCUCUCACAUCACCACCUCCCAGCUUCCCCCUUCCCGUCUCCUGGGACUGUUAGGGGACCAUUUCCGGCGCAACACCCAGGCCCUCACGGAGCUGGAGCUCAAGGCCAAGAAGCAGCUGGUCGCAGACCAGAAGGCCACCUCCGAGAACAUCGGCCGGGCGGGCCUGCAGUUCUUCUGUGAGGAGGCGCUCGGUGGACUGUUGCAGGAGCGGUUGUCGCAGUCCGCCUUUGCUCGCAGCUACGUGGAGGAGCUCACCUCGGAGGCCAUCCUCAUGAACCAGAAACAGAGUGCGCUGGAGAAGAUCUGGCCCCAGAUGUUCGUGGAGAUGGUCCAGGGCGCCGUGCUUAGGAUGUGGGACCUGGACCAGUACAGACGGACUGAGCUCAGGGCAUUCCAGAAACGAAAAUGAUUUCUCUCGGGAAAUGUCUUCAGACAGCAUUCGUCACAGUGCCUACAUCGUGCCUUGCAUAUCAUUGUUCAUUGGCCCAGAAGUGGAGCAUCACACUUCAGUAUUAAAGUGAAUGGGGCGUCGUUUAUGUCAGUGAUCAUCAUCGUGCGUAUUCUUUCCGUGCAAUUCCACUUGCAGUGCUUCAUUUCAACUAAAUCGCUUUUCGUGUAUUUUCUACCCUGAAAUCUUCUGUAUUUGCAGUAUGGUUGCCCAGCCAUAAGCAACACUGAUUCUCCCCCAGCAUACCGAAUGCCACAGCCGUAGUGUUGAAUAUUCAGUGUAAAAAAAGACUUCCUUACUUGUAUUAUUGACUUUAUACAACUAGCAGUUUUUUCUCAACCAAAUUGUUGGGAGGUGGUCCGACCUACGCUAAUUUUCCGGGUCCCUGUAGUAAAUAUGGACCUUUUAAAGUUAUUUCUGGAUCACACUGUACGUGAUAUACAUGCAUGCUUGAUGUUGCAUUUGUGCAAUGGCAUAAUCAGGGUGUUUCUUAUGAUCAAGUUUAAGUCUGGUGCUGUGGCGUGAUGGUCUUUGUUGACGGGCCCAUUUAAUACACACAGCUUACGUGACAUCAUCAGUGCUGUUGCCAUGGCAACAUGCCCUGAAUGCCCCAGCACAGCUUUUGGGACUUCUGGACCGAGUCCACCAUGCUCCAUCGACAUCUGGUCACCUUAAGCCUCCUGGACCGUGUCCAUAAAAAAGCCCCCGAAAAGGGGGAACGGAUUUAGAUGCCAUUAAGUCUGAUGUGGAGAAGGGCUCCAGCCAGAGUCCAUCUUGGUCAUGGCCUAAAUGUUUACUUGUGACUUUAUUGCACUUUUGUACACCAUUGCUCUUUGAAUUCCAUUUUUUUUGAUGCAGUAAAGGCAUUCUUUGCUUUGUAAAAUGUGUAUGGUGUCAGUACAAUGCAGGUUAUCUGUCCUUCAUACAGGUACAUACCUCAGACAGUCUCCCUAUUCAACAAAGUGCAACUUGACCAUGUAUUACCAUUUGAUAAUGUUCACUGCGUAAAACGCACUGGUACCUGGAUACAAGACAGUUUAGUCCAUCCCUAUUGAUCAUGAGUGUGCAUGCCAAACCCAUAUAUAAGGAGAUUCUAUUGCAAAACUUGUAACAGGAAAAUACCAUAAAAUGGCUGGGGUUUUUCGCGAACAUGAAAGUAAAAUUCUUCAACAUCAUUGGAAAUUUAUUGUAUAUUGACUUCUUUUGACUUACUAAAACCGCAUUGAUGAAUGGGAAUAAAUAUGUACUUGGCCGGUCCUAAACUAACAUUUAAACACACGUUUAUGACCGGCCAAGCACAUAUUUAUUUCCUUAUUACUAUACGGGAGAACUUACAGUGAGGUUAUCACACUCACACAAACUUAAACCAUACAACAACCAACGGAAGUAUAACGGCCAGCCUGACAAGUAUUUUUAAUGACUAAAUUUAUUUCUGAAAUCCCACCAAUUUAAACCGAGAUUUGAAUGGAUAAUCAAAUCAAUACAAAACAUUGGAGGGUAAAUAGGAUAUUAU